AUGAAGAACAUGAUGGCCAGGACGAAAACCACAGUGGCCCUGCGACUACAACAACAAGGGCCAGGACAUAAAGUGGUCAUCAUUUCUGCCUCAAGUGCACCAGUUCGUAAUCCCAGCUUGCUAAAUUGUGGAAUCCACUCUCACCCACUGUCAAGUUGUCAAGAAUUAGCGAAUGGUAUGUUAAUUAUUCAAAGCCAACCUAUAAGAAAUAAAAUGUCAGAAUUUAAUUAUUAUUUGGGCAAUAAUGUUCAAUCUAUCCUGAUGGAACAGCUUACUGAUAGAA